AUGGGAGACCAUGAAUCCUCGACGACGCCGCCAACGCCUCCGCAUGUCAUAUCACAGACGCGAGGAUAUCAGCAGGAAAUGCUCGAAGACAGCAUGCACAAAAAUCUCGUCAUUGCGCUAGACACUGGAGCGGGUAAAACGCAUAUUGCCGUGCUCAGAAUGAAGUGGGAGGCGGAGCAAGAGUCUAGCAAAGUGUCGUGGUUUCUCGUCCCCACCGUUGCCCUUUGCGAACAACAACGGGAAGUCAUUGAUAGUCACCUUCCUGUCUCUGUUGGCAUGAUCACGGGUGCAAAUGAACCAGAUCAAUGGAAGGACCACAAGCUGUGGCAGCGCGUGCUGCAGACUCACAAAAUCAUUGUUUCCACGCAUGCUGUCCUCCUCAACGCCCUUCGUCAUGGGUACAUCAACAUGGGAAGGGACAUUAGUCUGCUCGUAUUUGACGAGGCGCACCAUACCGCGGACAAGCAUCCCUACAACCUGAUCAUGAGAGAAUUUUAUUUCAACCUGCCACGGCGCUCUGGAGAUUUCGCCUACGAUGCGACCGCGAAUGUUCGUCCAAUGGUCCUGGGGCUGACUGCUAGUCCAGUGUUUGGUGGCGACAUCGAAAAAGCAUUCCGAACGCUUGAAGCCAAUCUGGACAGCACGAUCCGCGCUCCUCUCCGCUUCCGCGAAGAACUCUCUGGCUUUGUCCAUCGACCUGAGUUCAAACAUGUUAUCUAUGCCGCACCCGAAUACAAGAUGGUGGGGCCGUCCCCCUCUACUAACCUCACUUCACUCCAAUCUGUUGUCGCAUCCCUCAACAUAGAGGAGGACCCAUAUGUCCUCUCACUCCGCGAAAAGCUGAGCCGGCUUCCACAGGGACCUGACCGCCACCGCACGGAUCAGAAGCUCAGCAAAGUAAUCAACAAACAAGACUCGUACACGCACAAGGGUUUGCGGGAUUUUAUGCGCGCAGCGGAGGAGAUUUGCUCGGAUCUCGGGCGUUGGGCAGCGGACUGGUACAUCCAGCAGGUCAUCCGGCAGGCGCUUUCGGCAGACGGGAUGUUCCCGGAUUACGCGUCUGUAUGGAGCAAUCGGGAGAAGCAGUACCUCAUGGACACGCUUGCGCGAGUGGAGAUCACGCCGGUCUCGUAUGACUCGGAAGAUAUUGUUGCGCGCAGCUCGGACAAGGUGCGCGCGCUCGUCGACACGCUCAUCGCGGAGAAGGCGGCAUUCGAGGCGCUCGGAGAGGAAUACCGCGGGCUUGUGUUCGUCACCCGCCGCGACUCUGUUCUUGCUUUGGUCGAGGUCCUCGCGUCGUACCCGGGCAUUGCAGAUAGCUUUGUCACGGGCUGUUUGCUCGGUAUGUCUGAGAGUUCCCGCCGCCGUGCCUUUCUCGACAUCACGCGAAAUCUGCUGCGCCAGCCUGCAGCCGAGACGCUGAGGGAUUUCAAGGCUGGAGAGAUCGAUCUCAUCAUCGCCACUGCGGUUGCAGAGGAGGGACUUGAUAUUCAAGCGUGCUGUAAUGUUGUAAGAUGGGACGCACCACCAAAUAUGGUCAGUUGGGCGCAAAGCCGAGGCCGUGCGCGAAAGAAGCGGAGCACAUUCGUUCUGAUGUUCUCAGACGACUCUGUACAUCAUGGGAUGGUCAAAGAUUGGGAGAGGCUGGAACUGGAGAUGGUGAGGUUGUAUAAUUCGGAACGAGCUCGUCUCAUGUUCGAAGAAGAGGAGUACAGAGCCAGUGCCUUGCUCACACUUGACUCUGCCAUCGAGCACCUCAAUCAUUUCUGCUCUGUUUUGCCCAAUUCUGGACAUGGCGAGCAUAUGCCCAUAUACGACAUUGACCCGCCCGACUAUCCCGAGGAAUGGCACACUUUCGGUGGCUCCAAUCCACCAUACAUGGGACCAUACGGUUGUACAGUGACCCUACCCAAGCUUGUCGAUCCCAAGUUUCGUGUCUUCACCACGCCAUGCAUUCACUCUCAAAAAGUAAUUGCCCGGCAGCAUGUUGCCUUUCUCGCCUACCUCGAGCUGCAUAAACACGGCCUGCUCAAUGAGCACUUGCUUCCGCUUACGAGCGUCCUGGAGCCAGAGAACGAGGAAGAGGUGAAAAAUCUCUUGAAAGAGGUCGAGAAGCGAGCGGGAACCGCAAGGGUGACAAGUCAGAUGAAUCCGUGGUUACCUGAUUUUGGAGACGAGCAGGAAGAAGAACAGUGGUACACUACCACUGUAUCCUUUGACGACAUACAUCCCCUCAAAUUACUCACACGCACACGAUUGAGUCCUCUUCAGGAAGAUCAGAUGCCUCUUCUACACCCCCGCGAUCGAGGACCCUUGCGAGUACACAUUCAUACAGACGAACCAGCUCUGUCAGUGUCCGAUGAUGAUAUCGCGCGGGCCAAGGAGUUCACGCGGCGCCUAUUCUGGCCGUUUUUCGGCUCGCGCAUGGACUGGGAUGACCUGAACUUUGCGUACUUGUUCCUUGAAGCUCCCGCCUCCAAGCCCGAUGUGUGGGCCGAGCGUCGUUUGGUGCACGAUGCAGAGCCCCUGGUUCCUGGUCUUGCGCCGCUACGGUUCUUUGCGCGUGUGGCGUGGUUCGCAGAACGCUUCGGGCGGACCAAAGAUCUGUGCAUUGUCAGUGAUAUCCGGCGCUUCGGCAAGCUGUACCGCUUUGUGCGCUGGCGGACUACGCCUGUGUCAGAUGAUGAAGCAGCCGCGCUCGCAGAGCGGUACGACCCCGAAGGUGUAGGACUGGAAAUUUCCUACCCGCUCAUCGUGGCGCGCCCGCUGGUGACACGAAUGAACUUCCUAUUGCCUAUACCUCCCCAAGCGGUCGCCGACCCAGCGAACCAACAGCCUAUUUUGUUGUUGUCAGAAUCCUCAACGGUGGGGCUCAUUUCGGCGGACGACGUGCAGCGUGCGAUGUGGGUACCAUCUGUUCUGCGCCAUCUUGCAGUGGCAAAUACUGCUUGCGCAAUGCGAGACACGCUUUUUGCCGGGACGCCUCUCGAGACAAUCCCCCUUAACUUGCUUGUCACUGCAUUGACAGCACCGAGCUCACAGGAUCAGGUCAACUACCAGCGGCUAGAGACUCUCGGCGACACGGUACUGAAGUAUAUCGUGUCUAUAACGCUGCUGUCGGAGUUCCCUCUGUGGCAUGAAGGGUAUCUGGCGAGGCGCAAAGAUCACGCAGUGUCAAAUGCACAACUUGCGAAGGCGGCGGUGAAGCAAAAGGUGUACAAGUGGAUCGUGCGGGACCGAUUUUCGCCGAGAAAGUGGAAACCUCUCUAUGUCACCGCUGUGGAGGAGAUGCGAAAGGCGGACGAUGUCGAAGAAGUUGAAGCCGUGAUCGACGAAGAAGAAGACCAGAAGGCGAAGAAACGGCGGGAGAGAGAAAAGCAGAAGCGGCAGUUGUCAACGAAGGUUCUUGCGGACGUCGUCGAGUCGCUCAUCGGCGCGUCGUAUGUGCACGGCGGCUUCGCCCUCAGCGUCGAAUGCGCCAAAGUCUUCGAUCUGGGUCUCCCAUGGCGCCCAAUUCCCGAGCGUAUUGAUGCGAUGCGGGAGCGGAUUUUCAAGCUUCAGCGGCUUCCGUCACAGCUGUCCGUCGUGGAAGACAUUAUUGGGUACACCUUUACCAACAAGGUCCUACUCGUCGAAGCGCUCACGCACGCAAGCUACCAGACAGACCUUGGCACCAUUUCUUACGAGCGCAUGGAGUUCCUCGGCGACUCGGUGCUGGACAUGAUCGUCACCGAUUUUCUGUAUCACGCCUCCGGGAAACAGUACUCUCCCGGGCAGAUGCACCUUCGCAAGACAGCCGUGGUGAACGCACAUUUCCUUGCGUUCGUGUGUCUCCGCGCGUCGACCGCGCGAAUAGAUGCGAUGCCUGUAUGGCGCGACCGCCGCGGCGUGGAACUUCAGGAGACAACAAAACGCGUGUUCCUCUGGCAGUGCUUGCUACAUUCGAGCGCGAGACUUCUAGAUGACCAGACGACGGUCUUUGCGCGUUGGGGAAAGCACGGAGAUACCAUUCAAAAGGAGCUAGACGAAAGCACAGCAUUCCCAUGGUCGCCACUGACGUCGCUGCAGGCGCCUAAGUUUUUGAGCGAUAUGGUGGAAAGUAUCCUCGGUGCCAUAUUCCUGGAUACUGCGGGCAACUUGGACGUGGUCCGAAACGUCCUCCGCACGCUGGGGAUCAUGCAGGUGCUGGAGCGAAUCGUGGCAGCGGGUGUGGACGUCCAGCAUCCGGUCUCGCGUUUGAUGAUGUGGAAGGCAAAACGCGACAUUGAUCUAGAGUUUAAGAUCGAGAAGGGUGGAGGAUUGGUAAGAUGUACCAUCUAUCAGGAUGAGGUGGAGGUGGUUACGGUAGAGGAUCAGUGGAGAGGACGAAUCAGUCAGGAAGACGUGCGCUUUGCAGCAGCGGAGAGAGCGUAUCACAUUUUGGUCGCACAGGAAGCCGAAAUGAAUCAGCCGGGGUUCUUCAAUACCCAAGGCGAGGACGUGGAAGAGGACGAGGACGAGGACGAAAGAGAAGACGCCUUCGCUGACAGUCAGUGA